AUGUACGCAAAAGGGAAAGAAGCUGUAACACUUGUUUUGUCGGCCUCCACAAGGGAACGGAAUUAUUGGCAUGCCCUGGAAGCCAGACCGGCGCUGUGGAGAUCAGGUAAGCUUUGCAGGCAUGGACAUUUCCUUGUUCGUAAUAAUACAAACAAGCGCAGCAAUCAGGGCUUUGCUUGUUCAGAGUACACCUCCCCCUCGGGGGUAGAUGCAGAACUGAGCGAAGCCAAAAUCGGAAGUGAGUACAUUCUUCACUGGGCUGCCUGGCUCGCCGUUCUCAUCGAUUUCGAUUUCACAAACAUGCCUAUCUAUCACUCAAUGAGCGAUAGGACACAACCAGCUAAACAUUUCUCAUUUAAUGUCUUUGAUAGUUAUGUAGGUAAUGAAAGAACAACUACUGAACUGGCAUUUGAAAGAGACCACGCCAAACUUCGUGAAGCUGUAUUUGCAGUUAUUCAUAACAAUAGAAUUGAUGAUACUAUGGAACAACUAUAUAGGCGUGUCGAAAAUGUAAACGAUGAUUCGAUGAUAGUGAAAUUAUACGAAACUCUCAAAUCAGUCUUCACACUCUAUGCGGAUGAGCUAACAUGGAUCUUAAAAAUGCUUCUCUCGGUUGGGACACCUAUUGCCAAAAAAUGCAUCUUCUUGUGCAUGGAUCAACAAUUGCCAUUAAUAAAUUCAAAUUUCCUACAACUUUGGGAUUUAGCGGUGGUUUUGUUCCGUAAUACUAUUAUAAUGCAUGGUUCUGUGCAGCCUAGAAUCCUCAAAAGUCUACUUGAUCUGAUCCGCCAAGAGCGAUGUGGAGCGAGCAUAGAAAAGGGUCUGCUUCGAUCGGUAGUUCGAAUGUACUCAGACCUGAAUCUUUAUCAUUCACAUUUUGAGGAACCUUUUAUCCGUCAAAGUCGACUAUUUUACGACGAAGAGGGUAAAACUCUGAGCCAAAAAAUGACCAUAUCUGAUUACCUUAUCCACGUGAAUAGGCGCAUCGACGAAGAGGAAGAGCGGAUAAAGAUGUUUCUCGCUGGUCUUACUCGAGCUCCACUCAUGUCCGUUCUAAAUUCUGAGCUCAUAUCCAAGCGUCUUUCCUUUCUCCUAUCAUCGUUAUCGAGUCUGAUUCUCGAGCAUAAGUUUAAGGAGCUUCAUCUGCUCUAUUAUCUCCUCUCGAGAGUCGAUAAUGGUGUUAGCAACUUGCGAACGGAGUUUAAGUCCAUCGUCAUGCGUGUUGGUUGUGAUAUAGUUGACAAUCCAGAAAACUCUGUCGAAAAGGAUAGGGAGAUGAUUCAACGUCUACUGGAGUGGAAAGACACGUUAACGGACUCCAUCAGAGAGGGUUUUUCUGAUGAUUCUUCCUUCAGCCGAACGGUGCAAGAUGCCUUUGAGGAUUUCAUAAAUCGCCGACAAAACAAGCCGGCUGAAUGCCUCGCCAAGUAUCUCGACAAUCAAUUACGGUCUAGCAACAGGGCUCAAUCGGAAUAUGAAUUUGAUCGACUUGUAGAUAAGAUCUUAGUCAUCUUUCGCUGUAUUGAUGGAAAAGAUGUGUUUCGAGCUUUCUACUCCAGCCAGUUGGCCAGGCGUUUGCUUCUGGGCAGGAGUGCCUCUGUGGACGCAGAGAAAGCGGUUCUCUCAAGGCUGAAACAAGAAUGUGGUAUUAACUACACACGAAAAAUGGAGCUCAUGUUUCAGGAUAUCCAACUGAGCCUCGAGCUGAGCAGAGGUUUUCGAGCACAUCAGACAGAAGUCUAUGCAAUCGAUUUCACUGUUAAUGUCCUUGCCCCCGCCUCUUGGCCGGAGAUGCCCACACUCGCGGCCAACUACCCUUCUGAGAUGCUUGCCAUUCGAGAAGAUUUCGAGAAGUUUUACGUCGCUCGACAUCGCGGAAGAAGACUCACCUAUAUUCCCUCUUUUGGUACUUGUGUCGUUAGGGCUCAGUUUCCCUCCUGCACGAAGGAGCUGCAGGUCUCUGAGAUCCAGGCGCUGGUUCUGCUCCAAUUCAACGGUCCGGCAGACGAGCCUGUCUCCUACACUUCCAUUGCCGAGGCAACAGGCAUCGAAAAAUCCCAUCUAGACCGUGCUCUUCUCUCAUUCGCCGCAAGCAAAACCCAGCGUGUUCUCAUAUCACUUCCUCUGACCUCGGAAUUAACAGAGAAAAACCAGUUCUACUUCAAUAAGAAGUUCACCCACCACCUCACACGCAUUAGAUUUAAUCAGCUCCAGCUCAAGGAAUCGGCCAAAGAGCAAAAGGCUACCGAGAAUCGCAUUUUCGCCGAUCGCGUUAAUCACAUCGACUGCUGCAUCGUGCGUAUCAUGAAGUCUCGCAAAACUCUUGAUCACAAUAGCCUCAUUUCCGAGACCUUUCAGCUUCUAAAAUUUCCACUCACGCAAACAGAUGUAAAGAAGAGAAUCGAGUUUCUUAUCGGUAAGGACUACUUGAGAAGAGAUCCCGCCAACAGCGCCAUUUACCACUACGUGGCUUAG